AUGGGUACAAUCACGGAGAAGACGGGGAACGCCAUCGACGCCGUCACACCCGCAGACGCAAACCCUCAGAGAGACAGCUUCGAUGAAAAGGCUUCCAUCGAUGAUGUAGCGAGACGACUCAAUGCUACCCCCGAAGAAGUCCUCGAGGCCAGAGAACUUUCCCGCUCCCUAUCUCUCGAGGAAGCCAAAGAGUCUGCUGAGAGACUAGUACAGCAGCAUGGCCUCGAUCCGAACUUCCCAGCAGGAGCCCUCGAGCGCCUGAAAGAGUUCCUCGCCAACGAAGACGUUUUCACCAAUCCGGAUUCGCACAGUCGCGAAAUCUCAGAGGCUAAGAUUGAAGUCUCACUGUUGACUACCAAUAGCCCUUACGCCGAGGUUCGCGCUGUAGUCGACCCGCAUGACGAUACCAGCAUGCCCGUUGCCACGAUACGCUCCUGGACUAUCGGUCUCUUCUUCGUCGUGUUCAUCGCUUUCGUCAAUCAGCUCUUCAGCGUGCGUCAACCUUCCAUCACGUUGCGUGCGGAAGUCGUACAGCUUCUCGCGUAUCCGGUUGGCAAGGCAGCAGAAAGAUGGCUUCCAGAUGUUGGCUUCACGCUCUUUGGGGUUCGACACAGCCUCAAUCCUGGGCCGUUCAACAAGAAGGAGCAUAUGCUGAUUUCGAUCAUGGCAAGUGUUGGAAAAACGUUACCAAGUUCUAGAUACAUCAUCUUUACCCAGUGGAUGGACCGUUAUUUUGGCCAGAAGUAUGCCAAGUCUUUCAGCUAUCAGAUUCUGCUAGCUCUCUCCACAAACCUGAUGGGGUUCGGAUUGGCCGGCUUAUGUAGAAGAUUCCUGGUCUACCCAUCUUUCUGCCUCUGGCCGGCCUCUCUAGUCACCAUCGCCUUGAACAGCUCCUUGCACAAUGAGGCAAACCAUCCGGUACCCGGUCCUUUCAAGAAGAUCUACAACAUUUCGCGAUACCGUUUCUUCAUGGCUGCUUUCGUCGCUAUGUUUGUCUGGUUCUGGUUCCCCGAUUAUAUUUUUGGUGCACUUUCUCUGUUCAACUGGAUUGCCUGGAUUGCCCCCAACAACUUCACACUUACUGCCAUUACUGGCGUAAACAAAGGUCUUGGCUUCAACCCUAUUCCGACCUUCGACUGGAACGUUGCCACACACGUCGUCCAACCUCUUGUCGUUCCUUUCCGUGUCACCUUCAACACCUUCAUCGGCGUAUUCUUGGGCGGUGUCACAAUCAUUGGGCUCUACUGGACGAAUGCGUACAACACGGCCUACCUCCCUAUCAACUCCAAUUUGAUGUACAACCACUUUGGGAGCUCCUACAACGUUUCGAAAAUCUUGGACGGUAGGGGAUGGCUUGAUGAAGCCAAGUACCAGGCAUACUCCCCCGUAUAUCUCGCAGCCAGUAGUAUCACCAUGUACUACUACUUCUUCGCCGUCUAUGCCGCCACAGUAUCUUACGCCAUCCUUUAUCAUCGCCACGAUAUUGCGCUUGGAUUCCGGAGUUUGUGGCGCAGUUUCAAGAAAGAGGCGUCGACCGAUUUCAAGGAUGUCCAUACAAGACUCAUGUCCAACUACCCCGAAGUCCCCGAAUGGUGGUAUCUGAUUCUUAACCUGGCCGCCAUUGCUUUCGGUGUUGCGGCUGUUGCUGCAUGGCCAACCGAGACGAACGUCGGCGUCGUGUUCUUUGGUAUCGCACUUGCCCUGGUUUUUGUUAUUCCAACGGGCAUCAUCUUUGCCACCACUGGCAUGGAAGUUGAGUUCAACGUCCUUGCCGAAUUCAUUGGAGGAGCUUGGGAGCCAGGCAAUGCUUUAGCCAUGAACUUUUUCAAGUGCUUUGGCUAUGUCACUACGGCCCAUGCUCUUGAUUUCGCCAACGACUUGAAGCUGGCUCAUUACCUUAAGAUUCCCCAGAGACACACCUUCGCCGCUCAGGUUGUUGCUGUAUUUGUCUCAGCCUUUGUCUGCACUGGCGUCAUGAACUUCCAAAUCAGCAACAUCCCUGAUCUCUGCUCAACAAGCCAAAAGGACCGCUUCACUUGCCCAGGUGUAAAUACCUACUUCACCGCUGCGGUACUUUUCGGUAGUCUGGGUGCCCGCAAGGUUUUUGGCUCUGGUGGAAUCUACACGGCCCUGCUCUCAGCUUUUCCGGUCGGGUUUGCGCUACCGUUCAUUUUCUACUAUUUCCAGCGCAAAUUCCCUUGCACCCAUUGGUUCGCCAAGAUUCACCCUGUGAUGAUUCUCAGCGGUGGUAUUAGCUGGUCCCCCUACAACAUUGCUUACAUGUGGCCGGCCGUUCUGCCCGGCUGGCUGAGCAUGGUGUAUCUCCGUCAGCGCUAUCUUGCGUUCUGGUCAAAGUAUAAUUAUGUCUUGUCGGCGGCUUUCUCGACUGCUAUCGCCAUUGCUGGUGUCAUUAUCUUCUUUGCCGUUAGCUACCACGGCUUCGAGAUCGACUGGUGGGGCAAUGACUCGGAGAGUGGAUGCGAAUCUACUGCCUGCACGCUACUCAAGCUGCCCAAGGGCGAGUAUUUUGGGCCGCGCGUUGGAACUUACGCGGGCUAGUUUGAUUGAAUCUCGGAAGGGUUUGAUCGUGAGUAUGCAACUUGCCAGGGAGGAAGAAGAGUUAUUUGCACGGGCUCUCACAUAUUAUCGUAGCAAAGCACAGUACCAUAGCCUGCUAGCGAAAUAAACGUGACUCUUCUAACGGCCCGAUGAGGGUGGGAUCAUCAGCCGUUGCCAGUGAUUGUAUCCGCAGCCACCAAGGAAGAUACUUGGACUGUUAAGCAACCAUAUCCUUCAACAAUACGCGGCCUGCGAUAUGCGAGGCCCAUGCGGCUUGUAGGCGGUGAGGCGUCGAGCUUUAACCACAA